AUGAAAGACUGUUGCAUCUGGUCUUUGGCUGACAAAACUAGGCUGAUUGACUAUAUCAUUGAAUGCCAUUCCAGAGGGGGAGAUGGGAUGAACUUCAACAAAACCUUCUGGACCAAUGCUGCCAUACAUAUGGUGGCAUUUCAGACUGACCAGGCUGCUCUCAAGACUGCUGAUUCCUGCCAAUCCAAAUGGGGUUGUAUAAGAAAAAUGUAUAAAGUAGUCAAUAAAAUAAGCAAUGCCUCAGGUUUAUCAUUCAACAUCAAGAAGGGGGCUAACAUUGGCAAUGGAGGUGAGAGUGUGUGGGUGGACUAUGUUUUGGUAUGUAAAAACCCUGAAGCAAAGAGCCUCAAAACAAAAGGAUGGCUGCAUUAUGAGAAACUCCAAGGUAUUAUCCCAGCGACC